CAAUAACUUUUGCCUUUAUCUAUCCACCAGCAUCUGCGGUGACUCUUGCUCGCCGAGGGACAGACGACUCAAUAGGAUUAGAAUCUUCACCUUAUCACAUCGUCUCCAGUAACCUUUGUGAUCCUAAUGUAAAGCAGAUUAAUCCCUACAGCUGGAACAAUGCAUCUAAUUUGCUGUUCGUGGAUCAGCCUAUCGACGUCGGGUAUUCCUUUGGUAAAGGCAUUGCAAAUUCAACGGUGGAAAUUGUCGCUCCGCUAUAUACAUUCCUGCAACUGUUUCUUGUCAGGUUCCCAGAAUAUUCGAAACAAGACUUCCAUUUCUUCGGGGAAUCUUUUGCAGGACAUUAUGUAUCGGCCACGGCAAAAUAUAUAUGCGAUAUGAACCAACUAAUUUUGGAAAAGAAAGAGGAGGGAAUUGCGAUUAACCUCCAAUCUGUGGGAAUAGGAAAUGCCGAUAUCGAUGCUGCUUCAUAUCCAACCUUUGCGCGUUACAGUUCUUAUGGUCAGCUUGUGUCAAGUGAUGUUAUUGGACAGAUGGAAAGUUAUCUUCCAAAAUGCAAAGAGCUAUUGGACAAAUGUGAUGUGACGAACAAUGACACUGAUUGUGCAUCCGGCUUCAAUUAUUGUAAUCUCUACAUAUUAGGAACCUUUGAUGCUAAUUCUGGCCUUAACGAUUACGACGUUCGGCUGCCUAAUACCACUGAUGAAGUACCAAACGAUUUCGUAAAUUACAUAAACCAUACUAAUGUGAAAGAGGCAAUUGGUGCAAAAGGGGAAGAAGCUCUAAGAACUACAUCAGUUAUCUCUUAG